AUGGAUCGUAGAAGCAGGGGUUUCAAACUGUUGAGUUUAACAAAACAUCCGGCCAACGCUUUGAAGGACAUAACUAUCGAUAGCUCUGGAACAUUUAGUGAUUCUGUAGAAUUAAACAAGACAAUAAAACUGUUCAAAGAAAAAGAUCAAGACAGUCAUACUGAUACAAAGAGCGCGGAAAAUGAAAAGUGUUUUGCGGAAGAAAACGAGGAACUGCAGUCAGCUCUAACAGAAUUACAAAAAGAAAUUCAUAUGACACAAAACAUUUUAGACAUAGGGGAAAACAAUAAUUUAUCAUCCAGCUUUCUCAACAAUGCAAUAAUAUCCGGCAUAGAGCAAACGGAUAUUAUUACAAACUAUGAUAGUUUUAUUUUUUUCGAUGAGAUUAAGAUGUUCAAUGCCAAUACAACAAACGAUAUUGCCGCGCAAACAGAAACUACUUUGGAUUUCAAUAAAAACCAACGAGAAGGAAAUAUUAGAAAUGAAGAUAAUGAUGAAGAAGAAGAAGUAGAUAAUGAAAACAAUGACCCUACAUAUCAAAUCGACGAUGAUGGGGAACAACAUUCUGAUGAAGAAAAUAAUGAUUCCAGUGAAGAAGUUACACAAAAAAGGAAAAAGAAAAGAUUUUUUAAUCCUGCAGAAUGGAAAUAUAAUACUAAUAAAAUAAAUAGAGAGAAAGGGGUUAAGUAUAUGGGUAGAAAAAAUAACAAAUUCGACAGAAAGAAAACUAAGAGAGUAAUGAAAACGAGAUACCUGUGUUCAAAUAAACCAUUGAAAACCGGUAAAGAAAUAGCAAUUCAGUGUAACAAGUUGACGCAUGAAGAGCGAAAGUUAAUUUUCGCGAAGUGUUGGUCCCUGUCGUGGUCUGAAAAGAAGAUCUACAUUUUUGCAAAAGUCUUGAAGAAUAAAACGGAAAGGUCGGGGCAUAGAAACGAUCCGGAAGUUAGCCAAAGGACAACUUCGUAUAAGUAUUUUCUUAAAAAGAAAAGCGAAGAAAUUAGGGUUUAUAAGAAAGAGAAGAGAGAAAAGGGAAAAACCGUAAAAAAAAUAGAAUGUAAACAAAAACAAUUAGAAAAGCUCGCUAGAAAAACUACGUUUAGUUUCUUCUCUGAAGAAAAUUGCAAGUUUUUAACAAAUUAUUCCACAGACGACGAAAAUUUCGACGAAAAUGAAUGA